AUGGCCACCGUCGUCUCCCUCCCCCUCACCCUCGCCGCCUCGCCUUCAGGCUACAAGAAGCCCGCGCCCGGAAAGGCGUCCAAGCCCGUCGACCGCCCGGUCUACCCGGCUGGCCCGAGCUACAUCUCCUACGCGCGUCGUGAGCUCCUCCAGAUCUCGUUUGCCGAGUGCGACGAGGCCACGACCUCUGCCCGUGCGGCUGCGGCCGCCAAGGCUAAGGCUGGCGAGGCCGAGGUCCUCUUCCCUGGUCUUGGAGAGGAGGAUGAGGCUGCGCAGCUCCUCGCCUCGGACCCUAAGGAGUGGAAGAAGCAGGACCACUACGCUGUCCUUGGUCUCGGACACUUGCGGUACAAGGCCACCGACGACCACAUCAAGGUUGCGCACCGCCGCAAGGUCCUCCGCCACCACCCCGACAAGAAGGCCGACCACGACGACGGCUUCUUCAAGUGCAUCCAGAAGGCGCACGAGACGCUCACCAGCAACGAGAAGCGUCGCCAGUUCGACUCUGCCGACUGGAACAUUGCCGACGACGUGCCCAACCCCAAGUCGGUCCCUGCCGACAAGUACACCGAGGUCUUUGGCGCCAUCUUUGUGCGCGAGGGUCGUUUCUCCAACGUGCAGCCCGUGGCCGAGUUUGGUGGACCCGACGCUAGCAAGGAGCAGGUCGAGGGCUUCUACGACUUCUGGUACAACUUUGACUCGUGGCGUUCGUUUGAGUGGCACGACAAGGAGGCCAACGAGGGUUCGGACAGCCGUGACGAGAAGCGCUUCACCGAGAAGAAGAACAAGGCCGAGCGCCAGCGCAUGAAGAAGGAGGACAACACGCGUGUGCGUGAGCUCGUUGACUCUGUUCUUGCCAACGACCCCCGUAUCAAGCGUAUCAAGGAGGAGGAGAAGGCUGCUCGCCUCGCCAAGAAGAAGGGCGGUGCGGCGCAGCAGGGCAAGCAGACCAAGCUGAGCCCCGCCGACAUCAAGAAGGCUGCCGAGGCCAAGCGCAAGGAGGAGGAGGAGAAGAAGAAGGCCGAUGCGGCCGCCAACGCCGUGUCCAAGGCCGACCGCGACGCCGCCAAGAAGGCCAAGGAGGCUGCACGCAAGAACCUCAAGAAGUGGAAGAAGUCCAUUUCCGCCGUCAUCGCCGCCUCCAACUACUUCCAGGAAGGGACUGCCUCGCCUGCUGUCGUCGAGAAGCAGCUUGGCGAGCUCGACGCUUACUGCGAGAUUGCCGAGCCCGAGGCCGUCAAGGACCUCAAGGAGAAGAUUGAGAAGGCUGGUGCUGGUGCCGCCGCCAAGGAGGUGCUCAAGGCCCAGGUCGCUGCGCUUGGCGACAAGGCCGCCGGCAAGUUUACCGAGUUCGCCUAA